CUUACAGCUCUGCUGAUUGGACCAGAGUCUCUCAUACGAUCUCUCCACUUCAUCUCCUCCUGAAUAUAAAGAGGUGAUCCAGCAGUCCAGCAUCACUGUCUGCUUGGGAAGAUCUCCACAGAGUUCUCCACCACCUCAGCAGAAGAACCCAUCCACAAGAUCAUCCACCAGAGGACAAGAAUAUCUUGUUAAUUGUCUCUGCCGUCAUGGCGAUCCGGUGCUCCUCCUUACUCCUUGGGGUCAUGUGUCUCCUCAGUGUCCAGCUAGCUGGUGCUGAUGUUGCUGUUGGAGAUGAUCUCAACCUUCCUCCAUCUCUUGGCUCUGUGGGAGAUAAACAACCUGUUCUCAAAGCCUCUGGUUGGAUACCAUAUGGACCACGCCAGUUCAUGUUCUUUGCCAUCGAAAAAACCUGGGAGGAGGCUGAGAGCACCUGUGUGGAGUACGGCGCUCAUCUGGCUUCAGUGCACAGUGAGAAUGAAGACUCUUUCAUUAAGCGUCUGAUUUACAAUCAGGCUGGUUCUGAUCGUCCCUCGUGGCUCGGUGGCUACAACAGUCACAUAGUUCCACAACGCUGGUACUGGACAGAUGAGUCUGCUUUUGACUUCUCUCCCUGGACCCCAGGCCAGCCAGAUGGCUCUGGACACUGUCUGCAGACCAACUUCAAAGGUGGCUGGGAUGAUCUUGACUGCAACAGUAAAAUUCCUUUUGUCUGUGCUCGACUGGUCACGAAAGGGGCUAAUACAGCUGGUACAAGUGAUGCCCAGCUCGCUCCCGCUCCUGGCACUGUGGAAACAAAACAGGCAGUUGACGCUAAAUCUGCAUGGACAUCAUAUGGACCACGCCAGUUCAUGUUCUUUGCCAUCGAAAAAACCUGGGAGGAGGCUGAGAGCACCUGUGUGGAGUACGGCGCUCAUCUGGCUUCAGUGCACAGUGAGAAUGAAGACCGUUUGAUUAAGCGUCUGAUUUACAAUCAGGCUGGUUCUAAUCGUCCCUCGUGGCUCGGUGGCUACAACAGUCACAUAGUUCCACAACGCUGGUACUGGACAGAUGAGUCUGCUUUUGACUUCUCUCCCUGGACCCCAGGCCAGCCAGAUGGCUCUGGACACUGUCUGCAGACCAACUUCAAAGGUGGCUGGGAUGAUCUUAACUGCAACAGUAAAAUUCCUUUUGUCUGUGCUCGACUGGUCACGAAAGGCACUGUGGAAACAAAACAGGCAGUUGACGCUAAAUCUGCAUGGACAUCAUAUGGACCACGCCAGUUCAUGUUCUUUGCCAUCGAAAAAACCUGGGAGGAGGCUGAGAGCACCUGUGUGGAGUACGGCGCUCAUCUGGCUUCAGUGCACAAUGAGAAUGAAGACUAUUUCAUUAGGCGUCUGAUUUACAAUCAGGCUGGUUAUAAUCGUCCCUCGUGGCUCGGUGGCUACAACAGUCACAUGGUUCCCAAACGCUGGUACUGGACAGAUGAGUCUCCUUUUGUCUUCUCUCCCUGGACCCCAGGCCAGCCAGAAGGCUCUGGACACUGUCUGCAGACCAACUUCAAACGUGGCUGGGAUGAUCUUAACUGCAACAGUAAAAUUCCUUUUGUCUGUGCUCGACUGAUCACGAAAGGGGCUUAUGGUGAUGUUAAAAUUGGUGCCCAGCUCCCUCCAUCUCUUGGCUCUGUGGGAGAUAAUCAACCUGUUCUCCGAGCCUCUGAAUGGUUAUCGUUCGGAUUGCGCCACUUCAAAUUCUUCACCGUCCAAAACACGUGGAAGCAGGCUGAGAGCACCUGUAAGCAGUUCGACGCUCAUCUGGCUUCAGUGCACAAUAAGAAUGAAAACAAUUUCAUUAUGAGUCUGAUUCACACUCAGGCUGAUGGAGUGUGGCUCGGAGGCCACACUGACGGAGAUUCCGGUAUCUGGUUUUGGACUGAUUUCUCUGAUUUUGACCACACUAACUGGAGCCCAGGUGAGCCGAACGGCUCCGGAAAGUGUCUGAAGAUCUACAACAACGGUGGUUUGGAAGGCUAAACUGACCUGACCUGUUCCUUCCAGUACCCUUCUGCAUGUAUCAGAAAUCACUUAUAAUAAUCAACUCUUCAGCUCUGAGAGCCCCAGAUAUUAAACAUAAAAGAUUAUUAUGAUCAUGUGUUUCAGUUUCUAUGUUUGAUCUAAAAGCAAAGAUCCAGUAACACUACAUCACUGUAAUCUGUGUGUACAAGGGGCUGUGAUUGAUUUCAAAUAAAAUUCAGCAUUGCAUAAUUCCUGCUUCCUGACUGAUUCAUCACCCAUCUGUGUUAUUA